GGAGGGCAGCGCCGCGGGGAAGCGAGGAGGAGAAAGCCGAGCGGUGGCGGCGUUUUCGGAAUUACUGCACUCCUCAUCCCGGCGCUCACUUCCUCCCUCCGCGCGGGGCUUUUCCGGCUACUUCCGCGUCUCCGAGAGCGUCCAGGUGUUCACAUGAAACCGCUUGGAGGUCACCAAGUGCCGCUGGGGUUCUGAGAAACAGCCGCUUUUUGUAUUUAUAUAGAUAUUUCUGUGUGUGUGUGUGUGUGAGAGAGAGAGAGCGCGCGCGACAUGCCGCUGGCGCAGCUGGCUGACCCGUGGCGGAAGAUGGCCAUAGGGAGUGAGGACACUCAGCAGGUCUUGGAGGAUUCUUUAGGAGAGGAAGACAACCUGUCAUGUCAAGAUGACGUUCCGGUGAAGGAGAUCAGCAUCACGCAUCAUGUUAAAGAGGGCUCGGAGAAGGCCGACCCCAAGCAGUUCGAGCUGCGCAAGGUCCUGGGCCAGGGCUCCUUCGGGAAGGUGUUUCUGGUGAAGAAGAUUACCGGGCCGGAUGCAGGACAGCUCUACGCCAUGAAGGUGCUCAAAAAAGCAACACUGAAAGUACGCGAUCGUGUCAGGACUAAGAUGGAGCGAGACAUCCUGGUGGAGGUGAAUCACCCGUUCAUCGUUAAGCUGCACUACGCAUUCCAGACAGAGGGAAAGCUUUAUCUGAUUCUCGACUUCCUGAGAGGAGGAGAUCUGUUCACUCGUCUGUCCAAAGAGGUGAUGUUCACAGAGGAGGAUGUGAAGUUUUACCUGGCUGAGCUGGCUUUGGCACUGGACCAUCUGCACGGACUGGGAAUCAUCUACCGAGACCUCAAACCAGAGAACAUCCUGCUGGACGAAGACGGCCACAUUAAGCUGACGGACUUCGGCCUCAGUAAGGAGUCGAUCGAUCAUGAGAACAAGGCGUACUCGUUCUGCGGGACGGUGGAGUACAUGGCUCCCGAGGUGGUGAACCGGCGAGGCCACACCCACAGCGCUGACUGGUGGUCGUACGGCGUACUCAUGUUUGAGAUGUUAACCGGGACGCUUCCCUUCCAAGGCAAGGACCGCAAGGAGACCAUGACCAUGAUCCUAAAGGCGAAGCUGGGCAUGCCGCAGUUCCUCAGCUUGGAGGCUCAGAGUCUCCUCCGCAACCUGUUUAAACGAAACCCCUCCAACCGGCUGGGUGCAGGUCCAGACGGGGUUGAAGAAAUAAAGAGACACCACUUUUACGCCUCUAUUGACUGGAAUAAAUUAUUUCGGAGAGAGAUUCAGCCACCUUUCAAACCUGCUUCUGGGAGACCUGACGACACGUUUUACUUCGACCCAGAAUUCACAGCUAAAACUCCCAAAGACUCACCAGGUGUGCCCCCUAGUGCCAACGCCCAUCAGCUCUUCAGAGGUUUCAGCUUCGUGGCCAUCAGCUCAGAGGAGGAAACACAGCCACUGCAGAGUAACAUGAGCUCUAUAGUGCAGCAGCUUCACAGGAACACGUCUCAGUUCAGCGACUCGUACGAGGUGAGGGAGGACAUCGGCGUCGGCUCAUACUCCAUCUGCAAGCGCUGCAUUCAGAAAAGCACGGGCAUGGAAUACGCCGUCAAGAUCAUCAAUAAAGCCAAAAGGGAUCCGACGGACGAGGUGGAAAUUCUCUUACGCUACGGCCAGCAUCCCAACAUCAUCACUUUAAAGGAUGUGUAUGACGACGGCCGCUCGGUUUUCCUGGUGACGGAGCUGCUUAAAGGAGGGGAGCUGCUGGAUAAAAUCCUCAGACAGAAGUUCUUCUCUGAGAGGGAGGCUAGCGCUGUGCUCUACACCAUCACCAAGACCGUGGAGUACCUCCAUGCGCAAGGGGUGGUCCACAGAGACCUUAAGCCGAGUAACAUUCUCUACGUGGAUGAAUCCGGAAACCCUGAGUCCAUCCGGAUCUGUGACUUUGGCUUUGCCAAGCAGCUGAGGGCAGAGAACGGCCUGCUGAUGACGCCAUGCUACACUGCGAACUUUGUAGCACCAGAGGUGCUGAAGAAGCAGGGUUACGAUGCUGCGUGUGAUAUCUGGAGCCUGGGUGUCCUUCUCUACACAAUGCUGACAGGCUUCACUCCAUUCGCCAACGGACCCGAGGACACGCCAGAGGAGAUUCUGGCUCGGAUCGGCAGCGGGAAGUUCUCUCUCACCGGCGGAUACUGGAACUCCGUCUCAGCCGAGGCCAAGGAUCUGGUAUCUAAAAUGCUCCAUGUAGACCCUCAUCAGAGAUUAACAGCAGCACAAGUGCUUCGGCAUCCGUGGAUCAUUCACAAAGACCAGCUACCGAAAUACCAGCUCAACAGACAGGACGCUCCUCAUCUGGUCAAGGGGGCCAUGGCUGCGACGUACUCCGCCUUGAACAGGAACGUUCCCCCCAUACUGGAACCUGUGGGGUGCUCCAUUCUCGCUCAGCGCCGAGGAGUGAAGAAAGUGACCUCCACUGCUCUCUGAGGCUCCGCCCACCACACCAAUCAACCAACCACAGACCUCACGCCUGGCGCUGCACACGGCCCCGCCCGAUGCCCACCUGACGCCCACCUGAUGCCCAGCUUGCCGCCCAUCUGCCCCUCGACUAGAGGACAAGCCUGGACUCUGAGGACCCCUGGUGGACAAUCCAAAUCUUCCUCAUCUGCCCACGAAGCGGAUCAAUAAAAUCUUUGGCUUUUACAAUGAGCAAAACAUCCGGAACAUUCUGUGGACUUUUUUUUUUUCUUUUUUUUUUUGGGGAAACAAGAGACUCAGUCAUGCAUAUGAACUUGUAAUAUACUGUAAUAUUCUUUUUAUAAAGCUGGUAGAGAACAAUAUUAUUGUAUUGAAGAGACUGCAGGCUGUUGUAUUAUGAAAUGGCAUCAGAUAUCGACAAAUAUAAGCUAUUUCUCAGAAAAAAAACACUCCAAAUCAUAAUCUUGUUAUGGAGCUAAUAGAUUUUCAAACCUGAUUUUUUUUUUUUUAGAGGAACAAAAAUCAUACAUAAUGUUAAAUUAUUUACUUACCAUUCCAUAUAUGUAGAUAUAAACAUCAAUAUGUACAAAAAAAAAUCAGAGUAUUUUUACACUUAUACAUCAAGCAUUAGGGAAAAGCUUAACUCUGAUUGGUUAAGCACGAGUCUUAUGGAGCGUAUAAGCUGACAAGAAGGAUUUGAAUAUGAAUUUUAGAUAAUAUAUUGAUAAUGAUUAUACAGUACACUUCAUGUUAAAUUAAAUAGUUUUUUCAUCCAGAAGUGUUGUUUGGAAUUUGCCAAAGCAUAUAAUUCAAAUUACAGGUUAUGGUUUUGGGAUUUAAAAAAAAAAAAAGAACUCUAAAUACAAAUGUCAAAAAUUCAAAUCUUAAAAAUGCAGAUUUUAUGUAAAUUUUAUGUAAAUUAGGCCAAAGGAGGUGCAUCUGGGAUUCCUAGAGGAAAGCAGAUGUUUCAGAGGUCAAACAAAUAAAAAGGUUUAUUUUCUCUUCAGAUUUUCUACAGUGAUGUUAAACACUCGAUGCCCAGUGUAACUAUUUAGGUAACAUUCUAGCUAGUUAGGCUUUAGCUAGUCUUUUAGUCUUUCAGACGUUAGCUAUUUCAAUCAGAACGUGAGAACGUUAGAUGCAUGUACAUCAUUACAGGUUGUAUCUUUCUGACCGUUACGAUUUCGCAGUCAUGGAUGUGAGCAUGAAAGAUGACUGUGAUCAUUGAAAUGCUCUGAAAGCAGCUACUUUUCCCUGGGAAUCCUGGAUGAUUCAUGUUUUACAUAAAAUUUACAUAAAAUCUAUAGUUUUAAGAUUUGUAUUUAAAUCUCUAAACCGUAACCUGUAAUUUCAAAUUAUAUUUCAAACAUUGGUGAAAAUGUACAUUUAUUAAAUACACCACAGGGGAAAAAAGUAUUUAAUGUGACGUGUGUGUAUGUAAUUCACAUCUAUAUAUUCAUAUUCAAAGCCUUUAUAUCAGCUUCAGUAUAAGCCUCAUGUAGUCUCAAACCAAUCACAGGACUUCCUUUUUCUUUUUUCCUUUAAAUUUAUGCAUCUUAAUGAAAAUCCCUAAGUCAUGUGAGGGUGUGAAAAUGUUGACAGAUCCAUGAGAGAAGAAACAGAAGCAGAAACUCAUCUUCCGCUUUACAGACGGCAUUAAAGGGCGCACAAACACACAACAGCACGUGACUGUAAAUAUUUAGAAAACUCAGGUUUACGAAACGCAUAAAGGCAUUGCAUAAAAAUAUUCAGAUAUGCUCACGUUUUUCACGUGUGUUUGUGAAAAGAAUUCAGUCGAGGCGAAAGUGGAUUUCGAAACAUUACUCAAUAUAUUUUUUAUAAAUGCACCAAAUAGAUGCUUUAAAUUAUUUUAGUGGGUGGAAAGCUAGCAGUUGUGCUUGGUGUGUGUGUGUGUGUGUGUGUGUGUGUGUGUGCUCACCAUAUUUUGAGUGAAGUUGCAUUUUGCUCUCAUUGUAGUCUUUCUUAAAUUGAAAAGAAAAUGCUGGAACACGUUCCUGUUGCUGCUGUUUUGUGCUUUAAUCAUCACUCUUUUUAUGUGGAGUAAACUUUUACAUUUUUAUGAAGAAACAAAGAAUGAGGUUUUUCAAAUUCAGCCCAUAUAGUGACAUAUUAAAAAAUAGGAAUAUGCAUUCCCUGGCCACUUUAAUAGGAACAUUCAUGCGGUUAUCCAAUCAGCCAAUUAGCUGAUUGCAGCAGCUCAGUGUAUAAAAUCAUGCAGAUACAGGUCAAGAGCUUUGGGUUAAUGUUCAUCAGAAUGGGGGAAAAAUCUCUCGGUGGUGUGGUUGUUGGUGCUAUACGGGCUGGUGUGUGUAUUUCAGAAUCUCCUGGGAUUUUCACUCCUAGGUGUCUGUACAUGGAGUGGUACGGAAAAACAAAAAACUUCAGUUCUGUGAAAAGGUCUUGUUGAUGAGAAAGACUGGCCAGAUUUGUUCGAGCUGACAGGAAGUCUACAGUAACCACUCUUUACAACCAUGGUGAGCAGAAAACAGCAGAAGACCACUUCCAAUCAGCCAAAACACAGGCUCACCCAAACUGGACAGGUGAAGACUGGAAAAAGCCCAGGCGACAUUUUUCAGCUGUCCAGUUGGAUAAUGAGCAGGUUGCCGGUGUUCCUAUUAAAGUGGCCGGUGAGCUUACAGCACUACUGUCCAAGCUAGGAAGGAUCAGCAUGGGCUCUUCUUCACGUGGAGUCUGUCAGGCAUUGUCAGGAGGGGACCUCGUGUAGUUUUUUCAGUACUGGAACUCACAGUCCACCUUUAUCAAAGCUACUAUAUCUUUCUCACAGUUAGAAACCUGUUCUUGUCAUUUGAAUUGAACGUGUUUAUUCCAAACAUCACUAACUCCGAAAAAAUAAGCUUAUAAGUCAUUUAAAUUGGGAUGUAAUAUGUUAUGUCGGUGGAAAACUCAGGAAUGAAAAAAGCUCCAAUAAUUACUGUACACAUUUCGAAUAUGAGUCUAAUAUUUGAAAAGUUGGAAUGUGUUCAUAAAAUAAAUCUGUACUGAGCGAAUCCAUGGAAGUUAUUUUACACUGAGAGAGGUCCUUGUGUACAAAAAGUUUGAGAAGCGCCGGUAAUUCUAUCAUCGAGAACCAAAUUUCAAGCUGAAUAAAGAAAGAAUAAUGACUGCUUCGCGAUGUUAAACGCCUGUCAUGAGACACUGCGUGAGUAACACAAAUAUAGGUUUUAUUUUUACAGUAGUCAGUCUAGAAAGAAAAAUCAUCCUCAGUGAUUAGAGUCAUUUUUUCAGCUUCAACACAAAUAAUCUAGCUGCCUAUAUGACAUGCUCCUGCUCUCGCACGAUGCUUUUAUUCCUGUUUUACUAGUUUAGUCAAUAUAAUACAGAAAUAUCUGUAGUGCCCUUUUAUAGAUUGUUAUAAAUACACACUAUACAGCCAAAAGUUUGUGCACACCUGACCAUCACACCCAUCCCAUUCCAGAUUUAUUCCCCCUUUGCUGUUAUAAUGAGCUCCACUCUUCUGGGAAGCUUUCCACUAGAUGUUGGAGCGUGGCUGUGGGGAUUUGUGUUCAUUCAGCUACAAGAGCAUUAGUGAGGUCAGGCGCUUUGUGCACAGGGGCAUUGUCAUGCUGGAACAGGUUUGGGCCUCUCAGUUCCAGUGAAGGUUAAUUGUAAUGCUACAGCACACAAAGACUUUCUAUACAGUUGUGUGCUUUAAACUUUGUGGUAACAGUUUGGGGAAGAACCACAUAUGAGUGUGAUGGUCAGAUCUCCGCAAACAGUACUUUUGGCCGUAUAGUGUACAUACAAACAUAAACAAAGAAACAAACACAUACAUUUGGUGCAACAGCUACGACAUAAGAUAGUGAAGAAACUUUCCACCCUCAAUACCACGACUGAGGUGAGACCCUUGAGCAAGGCACCGUACCCCCAAUUGGCUGCCCACUGCUCCGGGUGUGUGUUCACGGUGUGUGUGUGUGUGUUCACUACUGUGUGUGUGCACUUGGAUGGGUUAAAUGCAGAGCACAAAUUCCGAGUAUGGGUCACCAUACUU